ACGCGAUGUUUCUGCGGAGCCGCUGCAGCGCGCUGUCGCGCGGGUCCGCAACCGCCAGCGCGGGAGCUGUCGCUGUGGAGAAGCUCGCGCUAGCUGCAUCGGGUGGGGGAAUCCCGAUUGCCCUCCCAAGUGUUAUCAGUUGAUAACGAAAUCACGUCGCCGUUGCGAGCAUCAUGGCAUGAUAGCCCAAUCAUGAUAGCCUUGGCUGCGCUUAUGCACCUCAUGUAGACUUUCUUCUAGAACUGGCGGGCGUGCCUUCGCGCCAGGCGCGUCGCGUGCUGCUAUGGGAGCGCGAGCCGAUGCUUUAAGAGGAGGGGGCAAGCUCGUUCUGCGGGUGCGCUCGUCCGGCUCCGUUCUUUGUCUGUUCUGCACAUCUCGAAGCGCCGCACAUACCAAUGGCUCUCGAUCGAUUGAAGCAGGCUGCGAGCCAUGUCACUGGCAUCGGCCGCGCGCCGCACCCUCUGGAUCCUCUUGUUGAGACGGAGAUAGAGUAUGCCGUCUCCAUCAUCCGGAAGCAGUACAGCCAUGUCGCCUUCAACGCGAUCACUUUGUUUGAGCCGCCCAAGGCUAUCAUGCUGAAGUGGGUCAAGGACCCAGAACACACACCUCGCCCAAACAGAGUGGCGGAUGUAGUGUGCACUGGCAAGGGCAGCAAGGUAUUUGACGGUCUGGUGGAUCUGACGGAUGGCAAGAUCAUCAAAUGGGACGAGACACCCGAUGUUCAACCCUUGAUCACCAUGGAGGAUCUCCAGAUUGUCGAGUCAGUUGUGCGCAAGGAUCCAAAGGUCAUUGAGCAGUGCGGAAUCAUCGGCAUACCCCCGGAAGACAUGCACAAGGUUUACUGCGACCCGUGGACCAUUGGCUAUGACGAGCGAUUUGGUUCCAAAGUUCGUCUCCAGCAGGCUCUCAUGUACUACCGCCCACACCCCGACGACAGCCAGUACACAUACCCUCUCGACUUCACGCCCAUCUACAACUCCGACACACAGGAAAUCAUUCACAUCGAUGUUCCGCCUAUACGACGGCCCGUUAACAAGGCCCCGCCGAACAACUACCACGCUGCUGCAAUCGAGAAGGAGGGCGGCUUCCGUACAGACUUGAAGCCCAUCAACAUCACACAGCCUGAGGGAGUCUCGUUUUCUUUGGACGGCCGAGUCAUCAGCUGGCAAAACUGGAAGUUGCAUAUUGGUUUCAACUACCGCGAGGGUCUGGUCCUCUCAAACAUCACCUUCAACGACAAGGGCACCGAACGAGACACUUUCUGGCGCCUGUCGCUCGCAGAGAUGGUGGUCCCGUAUGGAAACCCCGAGCAUCCUCACCAGCGAAAACAUGCUUUCGAUUUGGGCGAAUAUGGGGGUGGUUACAUGACCAACUCGCUCAGUCUAGGCUGCGACUGCAAGGGCGCCAUCCACUACAUGGACGCGGCAUUUGUGAACAAGGCGGGUGCUGCCACCACCAUCAAGAACGCCGUGUGCAUCCACGAAGAAGACGCAGGUAUCCUGUUCAAACACACGGACUUCCGCGACGACUCUGUGACGGUGACGCGCGCCCGCAAGCUCGUCAUCUCUCACAUCUUCACAGCCGCCAAUUACGAAUACUGUGUCUAUUGGAUAUUCCAUCAAGAUGGCACCAUCCAGCUCGAGAUCAAGCUUACCGGAAUCUUGAACACAUUCCCCUGUAACGAGGGCGAGGAUCUUCACGGCUGGGGUACCGAGGUCUACCCCGGUGUGAACGCACACAACCACCAGCAUCUCUUCUGUAUGCGGAUCGAUCCCAACGUCGACGGCCCCAACAAUACCGUAUUCAUGGUCGAUGCCGCGCGCGGAAGUGGCGAAGUCGGAUCCGCAGAGAACAAGUACGGCAACGCAUUCUACGCGCUCAAGACCAAGCUCGCUACUCCCGAACAGGCACAGACAGACUACAACGGCGCAACGAGCCGCACGUGGGAGAUGUGCAACGAGAGCAAGAUCAACCCCUACUCAAAGAAGCCCGUGUCGUACAAGCUCGUGUCGCGCGAAGUCCCGGAGCUACUACCCAAGCCUGGCGGCCUCGUUUGGAAGCGCGCAGGUUUCGCGCGCCACGCUGUGCACGUUACGAAGUACGACGAUGGGCAGCUGCACCCGGCAGGACGCCACGUGCCGCAGACUUCCGGCGAAGUCUCGCAAGGCAUCCCGCAGUGGAUUUCGGAGAACCCCAACGCGGAUAUCACGAACACGGAUGUCGUUCUCUGGCACACCUUCGGCAUCACGCACUUCCCGUCGCCUGAGGACUUCCCCGUGAUGCCUGCCGAGCCGAUGACGCUGUUGCUGCGGCCGAGGAACUUCUUCACAAGGAACCCGUGCUUGGAUGUGCCGCCGAGUUAUUGCUCCGUGCCGAGUGGUGUGAGGCAGGGCGGGACGCUGGUGGAUAAACUGAGUCGGAUGGCGUUUGGAGGUGAUAAGAGCGGGACGCAGGAGUGUUGUUCGAAGUAGGAAUGGACGACUGUCGUGGAAAAGGCAGCGCUUGCAUGUACGCUCGUUUGGGAGGCUGUAGUGAUACCUUUGCGAUUUACGAUCUGGGAUGGGUUCAGACAUAGCAUCUUGUAUACAGCUAGAACUAGAACAACACACAUGUUGUUCGUUGACAGGUU